GUUAUGUGACUUUCAUUAUGUUUUCGUAGUUUUACGACUAUAUGUAUCAGUUAUACGCUGAUUAUAUCCGGACACCUGAGGAGCUAGUGCUUCUCAGUAACGUUACUACAAACACAUUAUUGCCGUAAAUCGAUUCGUUGUCGGAAUAGCCAUCAUGGCCGCCGUCAUAACAGCUAGCGGUUUUUCGUCAAUCCGAAGUAUAUUUGGUCUUUUUCAUCCAAGGUUAGCAGCAGUAGCAGGCGGUCCCCAGCAGAUGUCAUGUCUCCACACCACCACUUCACUGGAAGCAAAGAACUGGGAGAGGAGGAACAAGAUUGUGUAUCCACCUCAGCUUCCAGAUGAGCCCCGCAGACCAGCAGAGAUCCAUCAUUCAAGAAGACAGAUAAAGUACAGCAAAGACAAGAUGUGGUACCUAGCCAAAAUGAUUCGAGGAAUGAGCAUCGAUGAAGCCAUCGCACAGUUGCAGUUCAAUGACAAAAAAGGGGCCAAGAUCAUGAAAGAGGUUCUCCUGGAGGCUCAGGAGAUGGCGGUAAAAAACCACAACGUGGAGUACAAAUCCAACUUAUAUGUAGCUGAGUCUUUCUCCGGGAAGGGGAUGUACUUGAAGCGCAUCCGCUACCACGGCAGAGGGAUGUUCGGCAUCAUGGACAGAGUUUACUGUCACUACUUCGUCAAGCUAGUGGAGGGCUCGCCACCCAAGACGGAGGAGAAGACGAGCCUGGACCAGGCCAAGGAGUACGUGGAGGGCCUCAAGAGAAGAACCAUUAUACACAGUCUGUAGACAGGACUGGCAGUGUGAUACAAGUGGAUGUGUGUGGUUAUAUUUGUAAAUAAAGUUGUGAAGA